AUGCAUGACCAUGAGUGUAUGGAGCUGUUCACCUGUGUUCAAUCUGUAUACGUACAUCCUGUCGCAUCGGGCCGUCCACAAGCCUGGAGGCAAGUGACUGACAAGUACAAAGAAGGGUUUGCAGACAUGAAGUUGCCUGUGCUCUUCUUGGGCUCACUGUUCGCGUUAGCACUAGCUCCUCCCCCUCCUCCUCAGAGAGCCCAAGCAGAACACCAAGCUGCUCAAGAACGACAGGGUUCGAACGGAGAUUCUGAUCAUAAUGCAAACGCGAACACAGGCGACUCGACAGGUCAAAAACCGAUGUAUGAAUUCACCUACUCCAAAUACCUCGAAGAGGUUGUAAAAAUUCUUGAAAGUGAUCCUAAGUUUACGGAGAAACUUCGUGGCAUGCCGGAAGCCGACAUAAAGGCCGGAAAAAUUGCGGAUCACAUAGAUGACCUUGAUAGCCACGUCUUUGACAAGCUAACAAAAGCGAAACUUGACGAACUUGAACGUCUCCGAGAGCAAAUUCAGCAACAGAUAGAGGCAGAUGGUGGUGCGCAUAAUGUCAAGAUGCCAGAACAUUUGGAUGCCACUAACUGGGAGAAGUUUGGAAAGGAAGAUUUAAGAAAACUUAUCAAACGGACCGUGGAAGAUAUGGAAGCUAUUGAUAAACAACGCCAAAAAGAAUUCAAGGAAUAUGAAAUGCGCAAAAAAGCUGAAGAAGACCAUAAACUUGCUCAAAUGAAUGAAGAAGAACGGAGAAGGGCCCAGAACGAGGCUGAUGCGGCAAGGAAGAGACACAACGAACACGAAAAGUUAAAACAUCCAGGAAGUCGAGAUCAACUCGAGGAAGUUUGGGAAGAAAGCGACCACAUGGAAAAGGAUUCAUUUGAUCCGCGAACAUUCUUCGCUCUUCACGACCUGAAUGGUGAUGGAUUUUGGAAUGCUGAUGAAUUGGAAGCUCUCUUCCAGAAAGAACUCGAGAAAGUAUACAACGAAACCGAUCCUGACGAUGACCCUAGAGAACGAAUGGAGGAAAUGUACCGAAUGCGCGAGCAUGUAACAAAACAAAUGGAUAAAAACGGGGACCGUCUAAUUUCUCUCCAAGAGUUUCUCCAGGACACAGAAGCACAAACUCCCGACAAAGACCCUGGAUGGAAGGACCUCGGCGACCAACAGGUUUACACUGACGAAGAAUUACAAGAAUUUGAGAGAGAAUAUGCGAAAAAGCAAGGAUGGGGAGAACAUGCUUAUGAAACUACCACUACACCACUUCCGCCACCUGUGAGAACUCAACAAGUUCAUCACCAACAGGUAAAUGUUGGAAGUUCACCUCACCAGCAAGGAACGGUUCCUCAGGCGCAUGGAGUUCAACAACAACAACAACAAGAACCCGUUGUCCAACAACAGUACCAGCAAUUCCAACAACAACAGGCUCCGAUUCGACAUGAACCUAUCGUGGAGAAGGCAAAGGACUCCGUUUAUGGCAUAUAA